UUUUGCAGUCACAAGAUGAACUUUUUCCUGCUUGCAUUAACCUCAUUUGUGACCUGGCUGUUUGGCUACUUGAGGAACUGCUACAGCUACUGGGAGCAGCGCGGUGUGCCACAGCUGCGCACGCAUUUUUUGUUUGGCAAUUUCUUCAAACUCAAGUCUGUGCAUACGAGCGAGCUGCUGCAAGAGACGUACGAUGCAUUCAAGGAUAAGAGCCCCAUAGCUGGCAGUUAUAUAUAUACAAGGCCUAUAGCUGUGGUCACCGAUUUGGAUCUGGUGAAGAGCAUACUCAUCAAGGACUUUAAUAUAUUUGUUAAUCGCUCCAGCAGCGAUUUGAAUACCAAAGACAAUCCACUUACAGGACAUUUGUUUAAUCAAAAGGACGAAGAGUGGCGCAACAUGCGCAACAAACUGUCACCCACUUUCACCAGCGGCAAGAUCAAAUAUAUGUUCAGCACAGUUGCCGCUGUGGCGCGACAGCUGGAGCAAACUUUCGAGCAGCAAGUGGGUGAGUCUGGCGCUGUGCUGGAGCUGCACGAUCUGCUGGGACGCUAUACGGUGGAUGUGAUUGGCAGCUGCGUGUUUGGCAUUGAGUGCAACAGUCUGCAGAAUGCGCAGGCCAAAUUUCGCGUUGUAGCCCGCGAGCUCUUCGAUCAUCCGAAGCGUAGCAUACGCUGGCUGCUCUUCAAGCUAACCUACAUAAAUACGUUGAAGAAGCUGCCCAUGAAGGUUAGAACCUUUGGCGAGCUGCAUGAGCAGUUCUUUAUGAACAUUGUGCGUGAAACUGUCGAACUGCGUGAGCGUGAAAAUAUAAAGCGUAAUGACUUUAUGGAUUUGCUGCUCGAGCUGCGCCGCACUGAGCAGUCCAAUGGGCUAACUGUGGAGCAGCUGGCAGCUCAAGUGUUUGUCUUCUUUGUAGCUGGCUUUGAAACAAGCUCCAGCAACAUGAGCUAUGCGCUAUACGAGCUGGCCAAGAAUCCACAAGUGCAGCAAAAGCUGCGCGCAGAGAUUCAGCGUGUGCUGCUCAAGCAUGGCGAACUCACCUAUGAGGCCAUGAUGGAGAUGGCGUAUCUGGAUCAAGUCAUAAGCGAAACUCUGCGCAAAUAUCCUGCACUUGCUUCACUCACUCGCGUGCCCUCCGUGGACUACAAGUUGCCCAGCAAGGAGCCCGAGAGCGAGCUGAUCAUCGAACGUGGCACACGCGUUCACAUACCCGUGCGUGCAAUACACUACGAUCCGGCGAUCUAUGAUGAGCCGCAUGAGUUUCGACCGGAACGCUUCGAGCCCGACGCCUGUCUACAGCGACAUCCGAUGUCGUUCUUGGGCUUUGGCGAUGGACCACGCAAUUGCAUUGGACUCAGAUUCGGACGCAUGCAGGUGAAGGUGGGACUCAUUACACUGCUGAAUGCCUUCAGCUUUGAUGUGACAGCCGAUACGCCGGAUAAGCUGCGCAUUGGCGAUAAGAACUUUCUGCUGUUGCCCAGCGAGGGGGUUCGACUGCGUGUGCAGCGACUUUAAGUGUGGAAUUACAAAUAAUUUGUCGCGACGUAUUGUAAACAAUGGGGGGGGGCAAACAAUAAACAUUGCUAGCUUGGCUGGCG